AUGGCCGCCGCAGCUGCAGCUAUCGCUCUUACCGUUCCCGCCAUUGCCGGAUAUCUGGAUGCCAAGUACCAUCUUUUGACCGAUUUACACCUUAUAUCCUCCCUCGCCUUCUGCCGUAUCCAAUGUGCUAUUCGCGAGAAACGAGAUCGUCUACACCCAUUUUACGUCCUUGAGGAACAUGCACAAAAAUUCCCAGAGAGAACUUGGCUAUGGUUUCAGGGAAAAGAAUAUUCCUAUAAACAGGGAUACGAAGCUGUAAUCCGUCAUGGAAACUGGUUUAGAGAUGAGUGUGGGGUUAAAAAAGGGGAUAUCAUUGCCAUCGAUUUCAUGAAUUGUCCGGAGAUGAUAUUCAUCUGGAUGGGAUUGUGGGCUGUUGGUGGUAUCCCUGCGUUUUAUAACUAUAAUUUGACGGGAGACGCUUUGGUGCACGUGGUGAAGGUCAGCACUGCGAAACUUGCGAUUGUGGGACACAGGGUUGAGGAGACGGUUGGGGUUAAAAAGCAAAUCAAUGAGGCUCUGCCAGAGGUCAACGUCGUCAUCUUUGAUGAGGCUUUGGAGAAUACAGUGGCCAAUUGGAGAAUGGAUAGACCGGAGGAUGAGCUUUUGAGUGGUGCGAAAUUAGCAGAUAUGGCUGCUCUCGUAUAUACAAGUGGAACUACUGGCUUACCAAAACCAGCUAUUGUAACUUGGUGGAAGAACACCGGUGCCUCCAAAUUUGUCGCUCUCUGGCUCAAACUUAACCCGGGCAAGGACAGAUACUACACCGCUAUGCCAAUUUACCAUUCCUCAGCCGCCCUCUUCAACAUCAUGGCUUGCCUUCAAGUCGGUGCAACCUCCUGCAUCGGCGAGAAAUUCUCAAACCGAACAUUCUGGCCCGAAGUUCGCGCCAGUGGAUCAACGGUUCUCCAAUAUGUUGGAGAAACCUGUCGAUACCUUCUUACUGCACCCCCAAGCCCCGAUGACAGGAACCACAAUGUCACCAAAGCGUUCGGAAACGGACUUAGAGGCGACGUAUGGAAGGAAUUCCGGGACAGAUUUGGGAUCCAGACUAUUGGAGAGUUCUAUGCCGCGACUGAGGGUAUGAGUGCUACCUGGAAUAUGAAUACUGGUGACUGGGGUAUUGGUGCCGUAGGCGUUGCAGGUGCACUGGUGAACCUGAUGCAAGGCAGCAAGACAGCAAUUGUGGAUAUUGAUUAUGAGACCGAGGAAAUCUGGAGGGACCCAGCCACUGGCUUCUGCAAGAAGGUGCCUAAUGGUGAGAGAGGAGAGAUGAUUUUUAAACUCGAUGAGAAUGAUAUUUCUGCGAGCUACAAAGGGUAUUAUAAGAAUGAAAAGGCCAGCAUGAGCAAAUUGCUCAGAGAUGUUUUCAAGAAGGGAGAUGUUUGGUUUAGAACCGGUGAUGUUCUGACCGUUACUAAUGAUGGCCUUAUCUAUUUUAACGACAGGAUUGGUGACACCUACCGCUGGAAAUCAGAGAAUGUAUCCACGAUGGAAGUCUCCAAUGCCAUCAACUCCCACCCAAGAAAAGUUGUUCUUGAUUCCGCCGUCUUCGGCGUCCCACUUCCCAACCUUGAUGGAAACGCCGGCGUUGCCUGUGUAGUUUUACACCCAGAAGUGAAAGAAGAUCAAGCAACCUUCGACGAGUUACUCACAUACCUCCAGAAGAGUCUGCCAAGAUACGCAUUACCUCUGUUUAUCAGAGUCAUUGGGGAAGUUGAGAGGACAGGAAAUAACAAGGUUGUCAAGGGAGGACUGAGAAAACAAGGUGUUGAUCCUGAGAAGACUGCUGGGCAGGCUGGUGGGGUUUGGUGGUUGAAAGAUGGGAAGUAUCAAUUGUUUACUAAUAACGAUUGGAGCGAGAUAAAGGCUGGCAGAGUCAAGUUGUAA